AUGUGCUUCUGGACAAAUCUCCCGGUGUUGAUGGUGCUGCUACCACCCUGUUUCCUCAGCCUUGUUUCCUCUACUGAGACGAACAAAGACCUCACUCAGGAUACGAGCAGCGCUGGGAGUCAAGGCCUACUAGAAGUCUUGAGGGUCCUCUCUGCCGGUGACCACCAGUCCCUCAACCAUCCACAAAGCCUCAUCAAAAUUCUGGUUGAGAAGACUGGGUGUCCACAGAGGACACAAGAAAUGCAAGGAGACUGCAAGCUGUGUUUGGAACCAGAUGUGCUGUUACUCACAGCUGGCGGGGGUUUCGAGGAAGAACUUAGAGAGGAGGUAGUCCAGAGAGUUUCUCUCCUCCUCCUCUAUUACAUCAUUCACCAGGAGGAGAUCUGUUCUUCAAAGCUCAACAUGAGCAACAGAGAGUAUGAAUUUUACCUGCAUAGCCUGCUGGGCCUCAGGCAGGAUGAAGACUCCUAUUUCCUUUCACAGAAGGAGACUGAUGACAUCUUGGCUCUCACCAGGAUGUACUUUGGCACGUCUGGUAGCCAGUGUGUGGAAACUAAGACACUACAGAGGAAAUCUGGUAUUCAGGGCAGCGACGGUGCUGACGAAAAGACGCUUCCUCAGCUGGCCGCAACCAUCCUUGCCCUGUCACUCCAAGGAGUUUGCCUGGGGAGAGGAGACCUGCCUUCCCCAGAUGACUUCACAGACUACAUUUUCAGUUUCUUGAAUAGUACCAAUUUCCUCCCCCUAUCUGGACUAGAUCAACUCCUCAACAUACUCUUUACCAGAAGGGCCUGUGCCAAAAAGGAUCCCCUCCAUCAACACCAAAGGAAACAAAACACGACAAUAUACAGUUGGGGAGACCCUAAGACACCUACAGCAAUGGAGAAAGAGUCCAGUGAUCCUUCUGUUUCCUGGGAUCAGGCUUGCUUCUCUGCUAGCCAGCUGGUGGAGAUCUUUCUACAGAACCAUAGCAGUUCUUCCAUUUCUAAGGAGGACUUUAAGAAGCUAAGUCCAGGGAUCAUCCAGCAACUACUCAGCUGCUCUUGCCAAAUGCCCAAGGACCAGCAAGCAAAGCUCCCACCCACCACUCUGGAGAAGUACGGCUACAGCACGGUGGCUGUGACAUUCCUGACGUUGGGUUCCAUGCUUGGGACGGCACUGGUCCUUUUCCAAAGCUGUGAGGAGAACUACAGUCUUAUUUUACAGCUCUUCGUGGGCUUGGCUGUGGGAACUCUCUCUGGGGAUGCCCUGCUCCACCUCAUCCCUCAGGUUCUUGGUUUACACAAGCAGGAAGCCCCAGAACUUGGACAUUUCCAUGAUAACCAGAGUCCUAUUUGGAAGCUGUUAGGGUUGCUUGGAGGCAUCCACGGAUUUUUCAUGAUAGAAAAAUGUUUUAUCCUUCUUGUAUCACCAAAUACCAAGGGCCUGCCAUUGGUAAAUGGACAUGUGGGACAUGCCCACCACCUUGCACUCAACCCUGAAUUAAAUGACCAGUCAGGUGGAGGCAAGUCUAUUUCGACCAUCCAACUGAAAGGCCCAGAAGAUUCACAGACAGCCGAGCUACCCAUUGGCGAUGUGUUAACCUCCAACAGAAAAUGCAAAACUAUCAGCUUAUUGGCAAUCAUGAUACUGGUUGGGGAUAGCCUGCACAAUUUUGCAGAUGGCCUAGUAAUAGGGACAGCCUUCUCAUCUUCAUUGGAGUCAGGAGUGACCACAACAAUUGCUAUUUUGUGUCAUGAAAUUCCACAUGAAAUGGGAGACUUCGCUGUGCUCUUAAGUUCGGGACUCUCCAUCAGGACUGCCAUCCUGAUGAAUUUUAUAAGUGCCCUGACCGCCUACAUAGGACUCUACAUUGGUCUCUCAGUGUCCGCUGAUCCACGUGUCCAAGACUGGAUCUUAACAGUGACUGCUGGAAUGUUCUUAUAUUUAUCCUUGGUGGAGAUGCUGCCUGAAAUGACUCAUGUUCAAACACAACGACCCUGGAUGACGUUUCUCCUGCAGAACAUUGGAUUGAUCCUAGGCUGGCUUUCUCUUUUGCUCUUAGCUGUAUAUGAACAGAAUAUUAGAAUAUAA